AUGACGACUCAAAGUGAAAACGAUCAUAUUGAUGAAAUCGAUGAAAAUAAUCAAGCAAUAACAGUGAUACAAGAAUUAUCAGUUGAUAAGUCAAACAUUAAUGAAGACGAAUUACCUACAGAAAAUGAUAAAAAAUCAAGGAAUAAUUCAACACAUGAAAUAGAAGAGAAAAAUAAUAAUAAUGAUGAUAGUGGAGUAAAUUCAAGUUCAAUAACAACAGUCAAUACUAAUGAAGAACAAGAACAGCAAAAAGAAUCAACAAUAAAUAAUAUUGAAGAUGAUAAUCGAUCUAAAAGAUCAUUUAAUUCAAAAGUCAAAUAUUCAUCAGUACCAUAUUAUCGAUCACCAUAUUAUACAAAUGGUUAUCCAUAUGGGCCAGCGCCCUAUUAUUAUUAUCCAAUGCCACCAUUCAAUGAAAAACCAACACCAUUAAUGGUUAUCCCAACUCAACCACCACCAUCAUCUUCAUCAUCAGCAGCUACAACAACGAAUACAACAACUACAACAACAGUAACAGAUAAUCAAACCGGUAAUUCUACAACAGUUUCACCACAAAAUUUACCUCCUCGUUUGAGGCAAGUAUCAACAAGUGAAAAUGAUUCAAAUUUACAACAAUCAACAUCAUCUCUAGUAUCAACAACAUCAAAUUCACAGCCGACAACAACGAAUAGUCGUCGUCAUCGAAGUAUCCUACCACGUGGUAGUUGUAAUUAUUAUGCUCCACAUCCACCUCCCUUGAUGGCUACACCUCCUGGUGUUCUUUUUCCUUAUCCACCAACUGCCCAUCAACCAGGUCAUAUUGCAUAUAAUAUUCGUACACCAGAUGAACUUGAAUUACUUGCUUUUCAACAACAAAUAAUGAACUUACCGCCAUCCGUUAUUUGGCCACCGCCAUCAGCUUAUGCUCCAUAUUCACCAUAUUCAAUGUAUGGACCAUCACCAUAUAUGUACAAUAAUUCAUCAACAAUAAAUUCAAACAGUUCAUUACUUAAUCCAGAUGCAGCUGAAUGGGUACCAACAUGUACUGAUACUGAUACAUCUUCAUCAGAUAAUAAUAUUUUAAUUGAUGAUGAAAUCAAUUUUCCACCAUUAAAUAAUCAUCGUGUGGAAGAAAAUAAUUCUGAAGCAAAAACUCAAACAGAAUCUUCAUCAGAAAUCAUUUCAGCUAACAAUACGAAUGAUAAUACAACUAUAACUCCAUCAAAAAUUGAUUCAUCUAUUCCUAAUUCAACAUCUAGUCAAGAUGAUAAUAAAAAUUUAUUAUUAUCAUCAACAAAAGUACCAUUGGUAACAUAUUCAACUGUUAUUCUUCAAACACCUGAUGUUAAUAAAUCAAAUAAAAAUCUUAAUACUAAUAAUAAAUAUCAACAACAACAACAACCAUCAAAUGUUCAAUUAUCAACAAAAGAUCGAACAAUGAAACCACAACAGCAACAACAACAUCCAACACAAACUCGCACCUUCAAAGAUAAUUCUUCUCGGCGGCGUCCAUUUCCAUCCAAUCGAACUAAUUUUAAUAAAACACGAAAUGUCCCAUCAGUAGAAACACCUAAACAACAAGAACAAUUAAUUGAUGAUUGGAUUGAAGUUAAAUCUAAGAAAACAAAAAAAUUUGAUCGUUCAUAUAAUGAUAUUCAAUAUGUAAAUUCAUCAAAUACAUCUCAAAAGUUAGUGUCAGAUGAACAAAUACAUAAAACACUAUCACCACCAUCAUCAUCACUCUCAUCUGUUGGUGAUAAUACAACAACAACAACAAAUACAUCCGAUGAUGAUGAUGAUUUAAAUAAUGUAUCAAAUAAUAAUCCUGUUAUGAUUGUCGAAAAUAAAAUACUUCCAACAACCAUAUCAACAGAUUAUAAUCAAGUUAUUAUUGAUGAUAUACAUGCAAGACUUGAUAAUGAUGAAAAAUUAUUAAUUAUUAUGAGAGGAUGUCCUGGUUCUGGUAAAUCAACAUUAGCUAAAUCUUUAAAUGAUGGUUAUGAUGGUCAAAUAUUAUCCAUAGAUGAAUAUUUUAAUGAUUUAUCUAACUUUGAACAUGCUCAACAUUAUAAUCAAUGUUUAGCAUCGGAUGCAUUUAAACAAAAUAUUUCUCCCAUAAUUAUUGAUAAUACAAAUACAACAUCAUGGGAAAUGAAACCAUAUGUCAUUUUGGGUAAAGAAGCUGGUUAUGACAUUCUUCUUAUUGAACCACAGACACCAUGGCGUUAUAAAGCUCGUGAAUUAGCUAAACGUAAUGUUCAUAAUUUACCAUUACGACGUAUUAAAGAAAUUUUAAAUCGUUUUGAACAUAAUAUAACCGUUCAAAAUAUAACUGAUCAAAUGCAAACAAAUUUAUUUCUUCCUUGUCAAUCUCAACAAAUUUUUGAUCAACAUCAAACAGAUAAUGAAUCAAUCGAUCCAAUAUUAAUAUCGAAAAAAUCUUAUGGUACUAUUGAUGAUAUAAAUAUACUUACUGAUGUUCGUCUAUGUAUAAAUGAUAUGAUUUUAUUUUUAACAUCUAAUUUUUAUCAAUCAUCAACAUCAUUAUUAUUACCAUUUUCGGAUUUAUCAUUAAUUCCUACAUCUCCAACAACACCAUCAACGCCACAUUCAUUAUUUCAUCGAUCAUUAUCACGUUUUUCAUCAACAAAUGCUAAUCAAGAUCAUUCAUUUACAAGUGAACAUCUUUUACGUUUACCAACCGCCGCAUUUUCACGUUGUAUUGAAAAUUUAACACCACCAUCAUCAACAAAUUCAAGUAUUAUUGGAAAAAAACGAAGAAAAAAUAAAAAUAAACAAGAAACAUCUACUGAAAUGUUAUUUAAUACAAAUAAUAAUAAUAACAAUAAUAUGAUUAAUAUGAAAGAUAAUUAUUCUCAACAAUCAACAUAUAAUGUUUUUCUUCCAGAAGAUUGCUCUGAUUUUAUUGUUAUUGAUGAACAAAAUAAUAAUGAUGAUUCACUUGAGAAUUUUACUGAACAAUUUUAUUUACAAGGAAGUUUUUCUCGGGAUAAUUCAUCAGUAACUCUACAGCAACAAACAAAAACCACAAAUAAUAAAUCAGAAUUAUUAGAUAUAAUUCAUAAUGAAUUAACUACAUCAUCGGCAUCAACUGAUCCACGUCCGUCCAUAUCUAUUAAUCAUAUUGCUAUUCAAUGUUCGUCCAAUAAUUUUAAUGAAGAAGAUGAUAGUUCUGAUCGAAUUUUAAUUGGUCAUGUAUCAUCAACUUCAUCAACGGUUUCAUCACCAAUUUCACCACCAGCAGGUUAUACUGAACGUGGUAUACAAGUUGAUUUAGAUGAACAUUAUUUUGAUUCAUUAUCACAAUUAAUUGAAUUCUAUUCGGAACGUGUAUCAUCAGACAUAAUAAAACAAUUCUAUGAACUUUGUAAUUCGGAUAUUCAAUGGACACGAACACAAGUUGAUGACUAUCUUCAACAUAUUCAACUUACAUCAACAUUUCCAACACUACGACAAUUAAGUUUGAAUGCAUUAAAUAUUUGGAAUGAACAAAUUAAACAUUCAAAUCCAUCAUUUGAUACAAUAUCAAUUGGAGAUUUACUUCAAGAUAUAAAUGAUGAAGAUGUAUUUGAAGAAUUAAUAUUAGAUAAUGAAACAACUAAGAAUUCAAUAGAAAUAACUGAUACAAAUCAAUUAACAAUACCAUGGUCAAUAAUAUAUUCUUUACAAGAAUUAUAUGGUGAAUUACCAACAAAAUCAGAUUUUUCUUAUACAGCCGAUGGUUUAUCAUUACCGUUAGAUGAUGGUCUUUCGAUGGAUAUUUAUCAAGCAUUACAAAGAUUUCUAGGUGUAUCAACUACUAAAACAACUAAACCGGUGAAUGAAAAGAAAUUAAUAAAAGAGAAUAAAAAAAUAAAUAAACAACAACCACCACCACCUCAAAGAAAUUUACCGUCACAGAACGAAUCAAAUAAGAAAAAUAAUAGUCCAUCAUUACAACAAAUUAUGAAUGAAGAAUUGAAUUAUAUUAGUUCACAAAAAUCAGUACAGAAACGUCAGUUGGAUUUUGCUAGUCAACAUAAAUUAAAAGAAUUAGAACUUCAUUUUCCGAAUAUGUCUUCUGAUGUUAUUUAUGAUAUAUUUCGUGAAAAUGAAUCUGAUUAUGAUUUAACAUUAGUUUGUAUAUCAUCUAUGUUAGAUGUAGAUCCUUCAAUUACAUCAAGAACUCCUAAAUCUCCAUCAUCACCACCUCAAUCAUCAUCCACUAAUAUUCGUUCUACUACUACUACUAAGACUACUAUACCAACAAAAUCUGUUAUUGAACCUGUUCUUGAAUCAUAUGAAACGUCAAGACGUGAUGCUCGUAAUUAUGCUUUAAAUCGUAAAGAUUGUUAUCUUAAAGCUGAUCAAGCAAAUCGUCAUGGAAUGACUGGUGUUGCAUCCUAUUAUAUAAAUCAAGCUCGAGAACAAACUCGAUUAAUGAAAGAUGCUAAUCGUGUAGCAUGUGAAUAUUUAUCAAGAACAAGACUGAUUCAAUUUCGUCAAACACAUCGUCUUGAUCUUCAUGAAUUACAUGCAGAUGAAGCACUUACUUUAUUUAAACAAGUAGAACAAGAAUUAUGUGAAGGAAAUAGACGAACAACACCUAAAUCUAUUGAAAUUAUAACUGGGUAUGGAAAAAGUUCACCAUUUGGUGGUGGUUAUGGAAAAAUACGAUCAGUUAUUCUUUCUUAUUUACGACAAAAAAAUUAUAAGUAA